AUGUUAUGCCAGAUCAUUGGUCAGGCCAAGAAGCAUCUGUGCUUGGUUCCCCUCUUCAUAUUUAUUGGGGCAGGUAGUACUGGAGCAGAGCAGUUCUUGCACCUGGUGUUGUUCAAUCCAGAUGUCAGUUGGGAUAGAAAGAAUAACCCAGAAACCUGGAACAAAAGGAGUCUCAAUCACCAAUACAAGUUCUACUCAGUGAAUGUAGAUUACAGCAAACUGAAGAAAGAAGGUCCAGACUUCUAAAUGAAAUGUUUCACUCUAAAGCUGCUUAGAAUGAAGGUCUUCCAGAAGCCGUCUGCAC